CUGGGGGGAGGGGUGCGCCGACGUCCUCCGAGCUGGAAGAGGCCCCUGAGCCCAGAGUCCGUGCGUGUUCGUGCGGUGCCGCCCACACCCCGCGUGAUCAGUUCUGCCUUCUGAGGACUCUGCACUCACCCAAAAGGGGAACACUGAGGAAGGACUUGGUUCUGUAUUCUUAAUAAGGAGAGCACGGGCCAGCACCCUACCUGGGAGUGAAGGCAGAGACGUCUCCCCCCAGAUCCUUCUCCCUCCACUGAAGAGGACCAAGAGCUGGCCCAGGCAGGGAGCCCAAGGGAAUGGCCCCUGGACCCUCGAGACCAGCAUGGCAGGAGUUACUGACAUUCAAGGAUGUGGCUGUGGACUUCACCCAGGAGGAGUGGGGCCUCUUGGACCAUUCUCGGAAAGAGCUCUACAAGGAGGUGAUGCUGGAGAACUCCCAGAACCUGCUCUCCCUGGGAAUUCCAGUUCUCAGAGAAGAUUUGAUCUCCCAUUUUGAGGAAAGGGAAGCAUCGUGGAUCCUGGAUCGAAUUGACCUGAGGAACUCCUGUCCAGAAAAACCUUCAUUGAAAGUUAGAGACUGCCUGGCAUCCCAUAGUACCAAACUGUCCAGCAACCUAGAAAUCUUUGUGAUCGUCCAUAUUUGGUCUGGUCAGGUUCCAUCCAGGUUUGAACCAGAGAAAGAUGCACAGAUGAGGUCUGAAGUGAAUGAGCCUACCACAAAGCUAAGCAUUUCUGUGGAAGAAUCUCACCAGCAAAGAUACCUGAGUGAUAGUCCCUGUGACUUGAAUUUGAGAGAAAUCUGUAACUUGGAUAUCAAGAUAGAGAAAAAUCUAAAUAAUCACUGUGAAUCUGAUAAAGAUAGAAAAGAUUUCAAACAAUAUUCAGUCCUAAUUCAAUGUAAGAAAAUGACCUCAGGUAAUGAGUGUUUUCAGUGUGGUGAAGAUAGGGAAUGCUUUACUGAAAAGGUUGGGCUUCUGCAGUCUCCUGAGAAGCCUCCUGAGAUGCAAAUGUAUCAAACUAAUCAGCGGGAAAUUGCCUUCAGCUUGAGUUCAGAGAUCAUUACCCAUCAGAAAAGUUAUACUGGAAAAAUGGUUUAUAUAUUUAAUGAAGAUGGGAAGACCUUUCGCCAAAACUCAAAGCUCAUUGGCCACCAUAAAAUUCAUACUGCAGGGAAACCUUAUGAAUGUAAUCAAUGUGGAAAGGCCUUCACAAAUAGGUCCAGUCUUGCUAUACAUGAGAGAAUCCACACUGGAGAAAAACCUUAUGAAUGUACUCAAUGUGGAAAGACUUUCAGAACAAGAUCCAGUCUUAGUGAACAUCAGAGAAUCCACACUGGAGAAAAACCUUAUAAAUGUAAUCAAUGUGGAAAGACUUUCAGACAGAGCUCCAGUCUUUAUCUUCAUCAAAGAAUCCACACAGGAGAGAAAACUUACGAAUGUAUUCAAUGUGGAAAGACUUUUACAAAAAGGUCCACUCUUGCUAACCAUCUGAGAAUCCACACUGGAGAGAAACCUUAUGAAUGUACUCAAUGUGGAAAGACUUUCAGAACAAGAUCUAGUCUUAGUGAACAUCAGAGAAUUCACACUGGAGAAAAACCUUAUAAAUGUAAUCAAUGUGGAAAGACUUUCAGACAGAGCUCGAGUCUUUAUCUUCAUCAAAGAAUCCACACUGGAGAAAAGAUUUACGAAUGUAAUCAAUGUGGAAAAACUUUCACAAAAAGAUCCACUCUUUCUAUACAUCAGAGAAUCCAUUCUGGAGAGAAAAUUUAUGAUUGUAAUCAGUGUGGAAAGGCUUUCCCAGAUAGGGCCAAUCUUGCUAACCACAUAAGAAUCCACACUGGAGAAAAACCUUUUGAAUGUAAUCAUUGUGGAAAGGCUUUCACACAGAACUCCAAUCUUGCUAACCAUCUGAGAAUCCACACUGGAGAGAAACCUUAUGAAUGUAAUCAGUGUGGAAAGGCUUUCACACAGAACUCCAGUCUUGCUGUGCAUCAGAGAAUCCACACUGGAGAGAAGCCUUAUGAAUGUAGUCAGUGUGGAAAGACUUUCAGACAGAACUCCAGUCUUGCUGUGCAUCAGAGAAGCCACACUGGUGAAAAACCUUAUGAAUGUAAUCAAUGCGGAAAAACUUUCAGACAGAGGGCCUCACUUGGUCAACAUCAGAAAAUCCACUCUGGAGAGAAGUUGUAGGAAUAUAAUCACUGUGGGAAGGCUUUCGGACAGAGCUCUAGUUUUCCUCUUCAUGAAGGAAUCCACACUGGAGAGAAACCUUAUGAAUAUAACCAAUGUGGCAAAGCCUUCAAGUGACAGUCAUCCCUAAUUUCCCAUUAGAAAAUUCCUAGGGUGCAGCUAGGUGGCACAGUGGAUAGAGCACCAGCCCUGGAUUCAGGAGGACCUGAGUUCAAAUUUGGCCUCAG